GUUAGACCUUGUGUAUAACAGUUAAUGAGUUAACUCAGGUUGUCAAAGACAUUUGUAAAUACAAUGAAUAACUUCAGGAAAACUAGAAUAUAUUUGGAUAAAAAUGCACCUGGGAGCAACACCAGAAAAGUAUUUGAUGAUACUGAUAGUAGUGAGGGAGAAACUGAAUAUAGUGAAAAUAAUGAAUUCCUACCUUAUAAAAAAGCUGAAUUAAAAGCAGCUGCAGAAGUUUUGAAAAAAGAAAACUUUGUUGUGUUCUUUAAUAGAACUAAACGAACAAUUAAUGAAGACGAUGCCAAUUCACCACACAACUGGGGAGAAGAGAGUGACAGUUCACCAUUCCCGAUGCCACCUAUAGUUUUCUUAAAUAAGCUGCCUCAAGCCAGUGAUGCAUCAUCAACCACCAAAGAAACUGUUGACGAUAGUGGAGGAAAUAUUGGUUCAGAAAUUAUAGCAGUUGAAGAAGACUUAGUUUUCAACAUUAAAUCAACUAAAGCAAACUGUAAUACACAUUUAAAAGAGAGAAAAUGCAAGAAAAGGAAAAAAAGAAAUUCAGAUCCACCUACAUGUGUAGAAAAUAGUUUUCAACCUAAUGACAUAUUAGAGGUCCCAGCAAAUAAAAUAAAAAAACAUAGCUGUAUAGCUGCAUCAGGGGAUGUCACUCAAGAUUGUGACUCUACCAUAAAAGUCGCCAGAGAAGUAAACCCAGGAAGAGAGCCUAAUUUAACAGACAGUGAUGAUUAUUCUUUUGAGCUUUCUGAUAUCAAAGAUCAAAAUUUGUGCGAAAGUGCCAGUGUUUCUUUCUAUUUGAACAAACUUACUUCUUUUAAGUCGCAGUUACUUUGUUUAAAUGAAGAGUUCUGCUUGUAUCAAAACACCUGUGAGAAAGAAAACUUGCAACAUCGCUGUACCAGUCUUAGGUUAUUAAUUUCAAGAAUGGUUACACUGAAUUCUGAAUAUCAACACAUUCGGGUAGCUGAAAAUAUACGUUCGCUUAAAUGGAAAUUUUCUGAAUCAAAAAAAGCUCUGUUCAAAUCCCACGCUGAGCCAAUCUCAUCAGGAUUCCAAGAAUUUCAAGGGAAGCUUUCAACGUUUUUUUCAAAAGUAAAAAAAUCUGUGAAGAAACAUAAUGCAUUAUUAAUAUCAGGAGACAUAGAGUAUUUUGUUUGUUUUAAAAACUUCAAGCUUCGGCGAACCAAUCCCAACAGCAAAAAAAAGAAAGUUACGGAACCGGUGGAAGAAAUCUUUCUGCAGUUAAAACCUGCUUUAAUUCAACUCUUAUCACCAGCCAGCAAGUCCAUCCCUGAGAACAGAGGGAAAAAAAUAAUUCUGGAAAUUUUAAAUUCCUGGAAAAUGGAAAUCGAAAAUUUAAACAAAGAGGUUGUGGUGGCGAGAGCGUAUUUAGAUAUCAACCAGAAAAAUAUUGGAUGUGAGCAAGCCAUUGCUUGUAGCUACCUCAAUACAUUAUCCUCAAAAAUAGUAGACUUUAAUUUAAAGUAUGAGAAGUUUAGACUUGCCCAUAAGCCCUAUGGUAAACCUAAGUACAGACUGUGGAGUUUUUGUGACUCCACAAGGAAAGUAUUAGGAGCGGACUUAAAGUGUGUGAAAUCAGGCUUUAGUUGCAUCAGAAAUGCUUUAGACAAAAUUGUUCUGUACUUCAGGGAUGCUGUAGUAGAUCAUAAGGAAGCUCUAGGAAGAAAGAUAAACUUCCCUCAUGGAGUCAUUUUGGUCAACAAUAAAGCAGAAUCAAAAAUUAGCAGACACUUUUUGUAAUUUCCUUCUCUGUAACUAUAACUAUAGAAGUGAACCAAUGUGUUGAUGUUCAGACUGUAAAUAUUUAUAAAUUAUAUAAAAUACAUGCCUACAGGCAUAAUGCUUACAUAAAUAUAUGAUUUUUUAAAUAAAAGCAUAGGAGUGGGCAGAAAUCCAGUAAAUUGUCUUAGAUUACUGUUUUUUUUUGGGACAGUGUGUUAGCGCGCUCAACUGCU